GGGCCGCCCCGCGCCGCGCUCCGCCUGUGGCUGGGCUGCGUCUGCCUCGCGCUGGUGCAGGCGGAUAGCCCCUCGGCCCCAGUGAAUGUCACUGUCAGGCACCUCAAGGCCAACUCUGCGGUGGUGAGCUGGGAUGUCCUGGAAGAUGAGGUCGUCAUCGGAUUUGCCAUCUCUCAGCAGAAGAAGGACGUGCGGAUGCUGCGCUUCAUCCAGGAGGUGAACACCACCACCCGCUCGUGCGCCCUCUGGGACCUGGAGGAGGACACCGAGUACAUUGUGCACGUGCAGGCCAUCUCCAUCCAGGGCCAGAGUCCCGCCAGCGAGCCAGUGCUGUUCAAGACCCCUCGCGAGGCAGAGAAGAUGGCAUCCAAGAACAAAGAUGAGGUGACCAUGAAGGAGAUGGGGAGGAGCCAACAGCUGCGGACCGGGGAGGUGCUGAUCAUCGUAGUGGUCCUGUUCAUGUGGGCCGGCGUCAUCGCUCUCUUCUGCCGCCAGUAUGACAUUAUCAAGGACAAUGAACCCAAUAACAACAAGGAGAAAACCAAGAGCGCGUCGGAAACCAGCACACCAGAGCACCAAGGGGGAGGUCUCCUCCGCAGCAAGUUUCCAAACAAGCCCUCGGUGAACAUCAUCGAAGCAUGACUGCCUGUCUGCAGGGAGAAGGAUUUCAUUUUUCUUCUCUGCUGGUCUCCAGGUCCAUGGGCACAGGGACAGGGAGGACCAUGGUGGGUGGGAGGCCCAGCUAGCUGCACUGUUCUCCCUCUUCCCCAUCCUAGUCUGGUGAAGGAGGCUGAACUACAAACCCAAAUUCUGCAAAAAAAUAAACAAGCCACAAAACUAAAAGGCCUGGCCCCAUUCUGGAAAAGGCAAAGCUGCAUGAGACACAGCCUUCUUUCUGCCUCCUCGCCUCUCCUGGACCGGCUUCCUCUUUGAGAAAAUGCACAAAGCUCUUGGGAGAUGACAAGCACCUAGACUGACUCCAGCGGUGUCUUUCAGACCGAGAGCCAUCAGGGAAGCCAUGGGGCAGGGUCAUGGCUGCCAGUAGGCCUUUUCUGGAUCCAGCCAUCAAGGACUUGUUUGUGGUGUGACGCACAACUUGGCGAGCGUGUAAGAUGUUCUGUUUUGUCUCUUUGGAAAACACGACUGAAGGGCUUCACUCCAGAGGGCAGAGGAAUUCCCCGAGCUGAUUGCCUGAGGCCUCUGUCUUCUUUGGCCCGUAUUCCGACUAUAACAUCAUUAGUCUGGAGUCUUAAGAAGACGAAGUGAGAAGGAGACCUGGGAGGUGCUGGCCCCAUUUCUUUAGGAAGAGUCUCUUGGAGUUGGAACAAUGCUGGCUUACACAACUGAAAAGGUAUGUCCACGUGGGACAUCCUAGGGGCUGCUGAGUCACCCGCUCUGGAGUGGAAACUGCUGGAAGACAGGCCUGAGCCAUUACCGUGGACAGUCAGAGCAGCCCUGGCCUCUGGGGUCUCCGUAUCUCGCCAUCUCAUCCAGGGUUCUGUGAAAGCUACCCAGGGUCCUCAUGUCCUUCCCUAGAGCCUGAGUGGUGUGAGGUGACAGGUCUCUCUCUCCACUGCCCCUUUCUGGUAAACAAAACAAAACAAAACAAAAUGGUGCUUGAUAAGGGAAGGCAGACUCUUCCCUGGGACUGACAAGUUACGGCUGCUGAAUGCCUGCAGGGGAAGAGAUGGGCCUCUGCGCCUUCCGUUGGUGGCGAAUGACGGGCAUGUGGGAGGACCGCGCCUAGCACAAGCCUGGCACAGAGUAGGCUGUGUGAAUACCUGUUGAACUGAACGUUAAGAGCAAGUGGCCCCCCCGCCCCCCAAGCCAGAGAGCUGAAAGCCAUCACCCAAUGACCACCCCUUCCUUCCGGUCUACAAGAGCUCUCCCGGCUAGGUCAGCCACCACUCUGCUUGGCCCCAGUGUGGCAGCACAGGGAGGGAGGAGAGACAGGGUAAAAGGCAGAUGUCAGCGAUACUAAGGGCUUCCUCAUGGAAGGGCAUGAGGCUCCACUCAUUGUCUUGUGACUUCCAUCCCUGCUGAAUGGGGCUGCAAGGCCAAGGCUCCUUAGGGGAGAGGUCCUUACCUCUGAUCCAGUUAGAGCAAUAACCUCUUUUUAAAUGUAAAAUAAAAGACAAAUGAAAAGGCA